AUGCUCAAAAUUUGCACUACAUUAUAUAGAGGUGCAAGAAGGUGGUGGAAUGUCUUAGGAGUUGAAGUUAAAUUCGUUUGGUGGUGUCUAAACGACAGGAUGGCGUGGCUUCCUAUGUAUACCUAUCUUCUUGCGGGAUCCUUACUCCUAGCGCCAGCUUUGGCAGCCAUCUGUCCUAAUAGCUGCGUAUGCAGCACAACGCGGGAUGGCCUUCAUCGUGUGACUUGCAGUAAUAUCGCUGAAAUCUACAAAUAUACUCUCCAACAAAAGCAUCAUAACAUUAACAUUCUUGAUCUCUCCCAUAACAAUAUCACUAAAAUCACCCAUGAACUGGAUAAACUUACUGAAGUCGUUACACUUGAUCUGUCUACUAAUGGUCUUACUGAAAUAAAUAAAUUUUUACAUAAUGCAAAAAAGUUGGUUCAUUUGAAUUUAGCACAUAACAGAAUAGAAAAACUCUCAUUGACGCACUUGCCAACAAGCAUUAGCUCAUUAGACUUAACUGGAAAUCUGUUAAAAGAUGUACCGUCAGAUUUGUCUCAUCUCCCAUAUUUAGAGCAUUUAGAACUAGAUGGUAACCCAUUAGAUUGCUCAUGUAAUAAUAUAAUUAUUCGAAAUCGGCUACUGGCAUUGAAGAUAUACAUUGAUAGUGCAAAAUGCCAUACUCCAGAUUACGUUAAAGGCCGAUCGUGGUUAGAGCUAAAAACGAAAAAUAUCUGCAAAGCCUCUAAAAUAGAGUUGUUGGAUAUGCCUAUGGGUGAUCAACCAAUGGAUGCUGUGCAAAUAGGGGAAGAGACUUCUGCUCUGAAAUCAAUGGCUUUAGUAGCUGCCAAUGAUCUUGACGAUGGUAAAAUAAUAUACGGUGCUGAUAACAUUGUUGAUGACGAUAGUUCGCAAUUUAUAAAAGUAGGUCAAUUUUCAACACCCUCGCCUAUUACUGAAAUAGAAGGAUCUGGAGAAGCAGAGAGCACAACUAUCAGUGACGUUAUAGAACCAAUUGAAGAACGUAAAGUCUAUGACAGCUUACUUGCCAAUGAGGAUAUUUUACCAGCAGAUAAUUAUCAAACAACAGAAGAUCCUAUUGAAGGUUCCGGAGAAGGAUCUGGGUUUGGUCUAAUUCCCGAGUUUGAUCAAACAAAAACGAUUACUGAAACCACCACUCCAGUGAUGGACGAAUUAAGUCCUGAUCCCAUAGAAAGAAUAUUUAAAGAUGAUGAGAAUUCUACAGAUUUAGAAUUUCCCAUUCCUAAACCGCCAACUAUAUAUCAAGGUGGGCCUGAUUGGCAUAGUAAAACAGAUGUUGAACCAGUUACUGUCAUUUCUGCCACUCCAGAAAUGACAAGAGAUACGACAGUUUCAGAACAAAUCCGAGUUACACAUCUUUCAGAGGUCCUUGGUCAAGCACCACCAGCUGAAGAGAAAGCACCUCAUAAAACUGGCACGUAUGUGUGUGUAGCACUGAUAGUUGUUCUGCUAGUUGGUCUUAUAGGUUUUGCUAUAGCUAAAGGUCAAAUGAGAAAGCGUAGAGAUCGAAGACUUCUACGACAGCAAAAAAGGGAUAUCGAAAGGGCUUCAAAGGAAAUGGUAGAUAUGAAUAAAUCCUUAUUAGGUAAACCUGCAGCUAUAGAAAACUCUGCUGAAAGAAAACUUAACGGAAAAUAUGAACUUGUACCUACACACGAGGCACAUUCAAAAAAAAGUGAAAAUGGUGAUGUGGGUAAUGGUAUAAAGCGUGCUGAAAAUGAAACCCAGAGAACUGAUAGUCCUCGAGACACAAAUCAAAAUAAAAGCAGUUCAAUAGAUAACAAUUUAGCAAACGAAAGUCAAGUACCAGCACAGGAGACAUCAUUUGAAUCAGAUCUAGGAGCCAAUAAUUCUAGGAAGGAUACAAAUUCUUUAUCCAGUGAAGAUAUUUUUGUUCCAAUUAACGAUGAUGAUGGCCCUAGGAUAAAUGGUAACAGAGAUUCAGAUGUAUCCCAGCCUCUGAUAAACGGAGAUCCAAAUAUCGAUUCCGACUAUUUGUCACCAUCGCGUGAAUAUGUGCCUGUAUAUUCACCCGAUAUGGGACGCGUUCGGAUUAAAAUGUCAGAGACUCCAAAACCUAAGACACCAGUACUAGUUACCAGAAGUAGGUCGAAUGCCGGCGAUAUAAUCAUUACACCUUCACUGGACGGAACCGCGUCUAAAUCGACUACU